CAAACAAGAUUCAGUCAGUCAGUGCAACAAGUGAGAUAAAAUGACGAGUUUCGUUUUCGUAAUUCACGAGCAAAAAUAAAAAGAAAUCAUUCGUUUUAUAACCAUGACCGUGUGGAGGAAGUUUGAAAAUGAGGAGUGCUAUGCUGUCGCCAUAUACAACUUCGCCGGGGGCAAUCCUAGCCAGCUAACGUUGGACGUGGGCGAGCUGGUACAUCUGGAGGGGGAGACUGAGGAGUGGUACUGGGGUACCAGCGUGCGGAGAGAGGCGAGCGGUGCCUUCCCGAAGACCUAUGUCGAAGUGAGGGACUGCUAUGUUGAAAGAUGUGGUGAAACUGUAGUUGCGUCAGCAGGUGGCGCUGGCGUCGCCCACGACAUAGCGACCACCUUGAGGGAGUGGGUUCAGCACCUGAAGAGACUCUAUAUUGAUAGGGCUAACGAAGAGAAGUUUAAUUUUAUGGAAGUGAGCAUGUUGGCUUUGCUGGAGCUGCGCGCGCAGGUCGUGAGCGGAGCCUUGCCGCAGGACCAGCUGCGCAGGGUCGCCAGGACGGCGGUCUUCACUAUACAACGGGGAAACAGACAACUAGGCAUGGAGCUGACAGUAAGGAACGCUAGCGGCCAACUGGUUGACCCAUUGUCGACUUCAACAUACAAAUUCAACGCCAUGCAUGACGAAGCUAACGCGCGUAUUGAGAAGAAUAUGGAAACAACCCCCGCCACGCCUCCCCCCCCCAGCAUCCCCGCCAACGCCCGCACGUACACCCUCGCUCUCCGAGUCAACAACUUCGUCUGUAGAAUGUCUGACAGUGCAGAGUUAUUGUUGUGUCUCCACGACACUGUCGGGAACAGAUUGACAGAGAAUCUGCUUAUACGAUGGCCACAACAGAGCUUGAUGUCCCAACAACUUGUUUUUACAGACCUGCCUUCUGAUAUAAAGAAGGAAAAGGUUUUUCUAGUCUGCCACGUGGUUCGGAUAGGGUCCAUGGAGCCACAGAUAACUGACCACAGAAGAAGUUCUGUAGCGCAGCCCCCCCCACAAACUAGUACGUGCAGAAUGCGAAGGCCGUUCGGCGUUGCGUGUUCUGACAUUACAAGAAUCAUUACUUCCGACGUCAUCAAAGAGAUACAGUUACCGUUUUAUCCAUGCGAAAAAGAAAACUUGGACUCACUUCUGAAGAAAGUGAUGGCGAAUCGCGAUUUGAAAGACACAAAGAACCAUCAAGGACUCUGGGUGACACUGCAACUCGUCGAAGGGGAUCUCAAACAAAUCCGUGAAGAAAACGCCCAUCUUGUCGUCGGCAAUAUAGUGAUAGCUCGCAAGAUGGGUUUCCCUGAAGUGAUUCUACCAGGGUUGGCUAGGAACGACUUAUAUGUGACUCUGGUGGCUGGGUCGUUCUCGAAGGGAAGCAAAUCUUCUGACAGGAACAUCGAAGUUGCUGCUAGAGUCGUCGACAAACACGGCCAGACUUUACAAGACGUGAUAUCAGUAGGCGCUGGCGGUGGUUUAGUAGACGAAUACACAUCUCUUGUAUAUUACCACGACGAUAAGCCGCGGUGGCAGGAAGUUUUUAAAGUCUGUCUCAACAUAGAGCUGUUCAAAGAAGCGCACAUAGUAUUCCUGUUCCGCCAUCGAAGCUCGAACGAGGCGAAGGACAGAGCUGAGAAACACUUCGCGAUGUCCUACCUCCGGCUCAUGCAGAAAGAGGGCACCACUAUACCGGACAACACUCACGCGUUGGCUGUCUAUAAGAUCGACAUGAAACGCGCAACAAAUCCAGACAUACCAGUGGAAACAGAAGCGGCGGCCACUUGUCUAGCCAUGCCGGCGAGAAGGGACGAGUUACCGGCUGGUUCUGAAAGAGGAUUGACGAGGGGAGUACUGGCUUUGGUGCACCGCGACGUGCUCAAUGUCAGCACCAAAUUGUGUUCCACCAAGCUUACACAGCGGGAGGAGAUUCUAGGUGUGUUGAAAUGGAGCACACAACACGCUGAAGGUGGACUGAAGGCUGCCUUAAGAAGGUUGCUGAGUGUGCCCGGACCCGAAUUGGUCAAGUUUCUGCAAGAUAUUUUAGACGCGUUGUUCAGUAUACUGACUGAGGUAGAAGAAGACCGCAAAAGCUAUUCGGAAGACAGUUAUGGCGUUCUAGUACUGGACUGUUUACUCUGCGUGAUAUCUCUAGUGGCGGACCACAAGUACCAGCAUUUCCAACCGGUGUUGCAAUUGUACAUCGAACGAAGUUUCUGUGAUGCUGCAGUGUAUGAAAACCUAAUCUCCGUCAUAAUAUGGGUGAUAAGAAUGGCCGAUAAUGGCGAAACGGCACUAAAACGUCUGCUGACCUGUAUGAAGUGCGUGGAAAGUCUCAUGCGCAUCAUAGUGAGGAGUCGGCAGUUGCGCAGUGUGCUGGGCGAUGUCGCCACUGAUCGAUAUUUCAAAACGCAUUUUGAGGAUCUACUUGAAGCGCUCGUGUGGCUGAUGCGUUGCGGAGACUACGCGCUCACGUGUCAGGGCUCAGCGCUGAAGUAUCUCCCGCAUGCGGUGCCUCACAUCAUCAAGGUGUAUCCUGAUGCCGAACUCAGUGCCUUUUUCGUCCGUGCAUUGGGCGCAUUAUCAAUGUGCAAACUGAGCAAACAACGUAUGCUAGCUUUGUUGGAACUUCUGCGAGGUCCCCUCUGUACUAACGCUGCCGCUAGAGCGACGUUGUUGCCUCAUCUGGCCCAUACCGUCAAGUCCCUGUUGAAGGAUAAGGCUGAGUGGGAUCGCUCGGCGGCGCACCAGUCGCGCUCUGUGGACAAGGCGGCGCGGCUUCUGGGCGCCGACACCGCGCGGCUGCAGCAGCACACACAUCGCCAGCAGAUCUUGGAGCUGUGCAUAGAAGCUCUAGGCGAGGUGAUGGCGCUACUGGCCCGCGACGAUGUCGGUCCAGUUGACGCCGACAGGGGCGAACUGGCCCGUUGUCUCCUGCCCACUGUGCUCCACACAGCUACGUCUAUGUUGAGGGAGAGAAGCGGAGACAAUACAGAGUUCACUGACGAUGCUAUACUGCGGCGAAUCGUCUGCGUACUUCUCGACAUGGUGCGACAAAUGUCCGAAGAGCAAUACAACUUGUUAGUCAAAGCGCUAGAGGCCGAGAAAGCUGGCGGCUCUGGGUCGUUGGUAUCCGAUGCGCUUGCGCUAUUACAUUCAUUGCUGCAAAGACCCGUGUUCCGGCCGUACUGGGCUGAUAUGCUGCAUUUGCAACACUACGUUAUGCUGCAUGCUUUGAGAUUACUGUCAAUUACCCUUCGCGAUCGUCUCCAAUCAGUGGACAUGUCGGACAGCGAAUCUGUCACCAACAUCCACCUGAUACUCCGCCAGUGGUUCUCGGCGGUGUCAGCCCUGGCCACCUCGCAGUACCUGCAGUUGGAAACCCUGACAGUGGCCAGGAGACAUAGGAUUGUUACUCUGUAUACGGAUUUGAGGAGAGGCGCUGCCUCGGCUUUCCAUGAUAUGUGGUUCGCUUUAGGUGAACACCGUCGCGCCUUCAUACCGUGUUUAGUCGGACCUUUACUAGAAGUCAGCUUGCUUCUCGAUGAAGAAGUGUGGAACACGACCAUACCGUUGUUCUUCGAUAUGAUGCAGACGGAAUAUACGCAUAGCGUGUUGGCUGGAUUGACUGACGGCAACCUCCGAGACUUAGAAAGCGAACUGAUCGACAAACUAGACGUAUUAAUCGAACGCGGACUCGGUUCGGCCGCUUGGCGGGCUCGGUUCGUGAAGCUGUGCGGCGCCCUGUGCGGGGCCGCGGGCGCGGGGCUGCGGGCGGCGGGCGGCGCGCUGGUGGCGGCCGCUGCCCGCCAGCUGGACACGCUGCUGCGCUACCGCGAGGCCGCGAGGAGGUCCGCCACGCCGCACAGGAUGCUGCUCACCACGCAAGUGCUCGACUUCUACAGGCAAAUCGACAGGCCGCAUAUGUAUAUCCGAUAUGUCCACAAACUCGCAAGAAUGCACCACGAUGCCCAGCAGUGGGCGGAAGCUGGACUAUCUCUUCGACUACACGCUAAAUUACUUCAAUGGACACACGAACCAUUGCCGCCGCGGUUGAGACAUCCCACGUUAGAAUCACAGCAUUCUACACAAAGAGAACUCAAGGAGUUUCUCUACUUAGAAAUCGCCGAACUCCUAAACCGCGGCCGCCAGUGGGAGGUCGCGGUGGAGAUAGUCAAAGAGCUAGUGUCGGUGUACGAGGAGGAGGCGCUGGGAUACGGCCCGCUGGCGGAGCUCCACAGCCAGCUGGCCGGGCUCUACGAGGCCAUGCUGAGGAAGCCCCGAUACCAUCCCAGCUACUUCAGGGUCAUAUACUACGGGAACGGGUUCCCGAAGCAUUUGAGGGAGGAACAUGGGUUCGUGUACCGCGGCAACGAGUUUGAGCAGCUAGCCGACUUCAAAGAGCGAUUAUUAGAUGAGUGGCCCGACGCUGAAGUGCUGACCAAACUGGACACUCCGGGAGAAGACAUCACACAGUCUGACAAACAGUAUUUACAAAUAAACACUGUAGAUCCGCUGCUAAGUGACAAGUUGAAGCGUCUCUCAGACAAGCCGGUGUCUGAACAAGUGCUCUCGUAUUACAAAUACAACAGUGUGGACAAAUUCGUGUUCUCUAGACCCUUUCAUAAGCCAGAUGAAUCUACGAACGGUUCAAGUGACGAUUUGAGUCAAAAUGAGUUCGCGACUCGAUGGCUCGAGAGAACCGAGUUAGAAAUCAGUGAGAGGUUACCAGGUAUUCUAAAAUGGUUCCGAGUGGUCAGCCACCGCAAGUACUGGGUGUCUCCGCUAGAGGGCGCUGUGGAAGCCCUGAGGGACUUCAACCGCACCCUUCGAGCCCUAGUGCUGUCCUCUAGGGCUCCGGACGUGCCGCUGCAACCCCUUACUAUGAGAUUGAAUGGAAUCCUAGACCCCGCCGUGCAAGGGGGCCUGGCUAAUUACGAGCAGGCGUUCCUGACCAACGCCUACGCUGAGCGGCAUCCCGACCAUGCGCCAUUGUUGGACGCGCUGCGUAGCUUGAUCCGGGACCAGAUACCGUUGCUCAAGUCUGGUCUUGAUGUCCACGGUGCUCGAGCCUCGCCCGAGCUACUAAAGCUACACGAACACAUGUUGUAUUGUUUCAAGAAGAUGAAACAACAUGUCCAGCAGAGAUAUGGACUGAAAAUGGUGGAUGUGGAGCCCGAGAUGCCGGAGGUGCAGUUACGAAUGCGAACACCUAACACCAGAGACAACGCUACUUCCGAUCCAAAUACUAGUAACAACAGGAUCUCGGACAUAUCAACCGGAAAUGAUACCUCAAGAACGAAAUUCUUCAGUGCCAUAAAUCCACUAGUCAGCAGAAAUAGUAGCAGCGGUGUUGCCAGCUACUUCGGAACACUGCAAAGCACACCGAGGAAGAGGGACAAACGAAGAGGAAGGAAGGUGAGGAAGACUGUAUUGAGUGAGAUUGGUACCCCCGCGAGCGGCAGCCAGUGGUACACGUCACACUCGACGCCGAACGGCGCUGUGACGUCAUUCAGCAACACCCCUGCCUCCCCCCCGGAGACCCCCGCCUCCGCUUCCCCGCUCAGGGAACUCAGCCAACAGCUGGUACCAGAACGCACGCCAAGGAUAGAGGCCGAGAGGGAACGAAGGUUAUCGCAACGAGCCAGCCUUCUCGCUUCUCAACCGCCGUCAAAUCGGGAUUCGAUGGGAACAACAGACUCGAACCAAGACGACGAAGAGCCCCCACCACUUCCCGAAAAACUGUCCCACCGUAGUAUGGACUUAGAUGGCGAUAACAACAACAACGGGGACUCGAACCCACUGCCCGCGAGAAACAAUUACGACAUGGUCUUCCCGCCAACCAGAGGCUCCUUCUUAUACAACUCUAUCGCAACAAGACGACAUGCGAACAUUAAUGCCACUUUACAGACUGAGAAACCACCCACGCCACCGCCUAAGAAGAAAAAUAUUCAAAAUAAUAAUAUCUGAUGGUCAAUUAUGAGCUCAAUUACCUUGAGCGAAGGUUUAUAUUUAUGUAAAGUAUUUUUGUAAAAUAUCACAGUAAGAUAACCAUGAGAAACCUACAGCGUAUAUAUGUUGUUAUUUAGUGUAUGAUUUUGUUUUGUUAAUUUAAAUUGUGCCUUGAGCGAACAAUACUUUAUGGUCUUGUUACGUCACAUCAUAUGAUAGAUAUUUAGAUAAAUAGCUACCCACGUAUGUGGAACAUGGACAACUUGACCGAAAGUUAUAUAAAAGCUAUCAUUGAGAAACAUUAUGUAUGAAAAAUGUUUGUUAAAGUCUAAUUUCAGUAUUAAUGUUGAUGAGUUCGAGCCAUGUUGCUGAUGUAUUUUACUUAAAUAAUUGUACAAACGGUAUCGGAUACAUUAUUUGUUUUUUUGACGUGACAACGUCUUAAAUUAGGUUGCGGCUGGGAGUCACUUAUGAAAAAGUGUAACGCCCGGUAACGUUACGAUGAGUCACCGAACGAGAGAGAGGCCCGCCGAAUGCCUUGCGUCUCUCUCCCACUCAACUAUGAUCGGUCUGCCGCGCGCGUAAAAAGACGUUGUCACGUAAAAUCUUCGCCCGUAAAACCGACUUUACAGGCAACCAUUUUUUUUUUUUUUUAAUUUUAGAGGCUCAUUACAUUUUUGAACAGUUUUAAGACUUAUUUUGAGCUUAUUUCUUCAUAGGAAUUGUUUGAUUUGUGUUUCGAUUAACUUUGUACCAAUCGUAACUUUAACGAAAAAUCAAAGCUAUUUUUAUUUGAAUCGUAUUUUUCGAUUUCCAUAAUUUUUAUUGAGAAAGUUUAUUUGUAACCCAUUUUUUUUUAAUUCAUGAGAUGAUUUAUUUUCCAUAAAUAUAAUUUGAUGUUUUUGGAAUCAUUUUUUAAAUAAAGAAUAACAAUACAAAGCCAUAUUGAUAUCCCACCAUUAUAUUAGUACUUACCAGUUACCAAUGAUUUACGCUAAGUUUUACAGUAAACCUUAACACGACGACGUAAAAUCUAAAAUCGAUUGAAAUAUUUUAAAGAGUAUUUCGAAAUUUGUUAUACAUAGAUUUAAGUGUAAAUUUGUAUAUUUAUGCAUUGUUAGUUAUAAAAUAUAUGUGAUUUUAAAGUGAAUUUAGUCUGUGAUCAGAAAAUAAAGUGGGCUAAACAUUACCAUUACAGUUUAUUUCGGGCCUGCCUGACGUCAUCCCUCCUUAGGAAUAUCGAUAGGGAAGUUGUCUGUAUAAAAUAAAAUUUAUAAAUACAUUCACACGAUAAUUAAAUGUCACUUAAAGUAUAACUCUUUUUGACUCAACACAUUUGUGUCGUCAUUUUGUGAUCAUAUGACAUAUAUUAUAUACACAUUAUAUACAUAUAUAAUGGGCACAAGUGAGGUCACAACAUUUGUGACGUCACCAUAUAUUUUUUUUCUUUUUAAGACAUGGAAUAAAGUAUUCGAUUUGACUUGAUGUCAACUACACUAUUGUUCGCUAUCAGCUGCCUGUGUGACCCUUACUCGCCUCAUACGACAUCCACGGGAAGAUAUAGUGUGGUCCUAUUCGAACGCGGAACCACACGCCACAUCUUCAGAAACCUAUGACGCGAAUAAUCACAACAUUUCAGAUUAAAUGCGGGUAAAAUGUAGUAAAAUUAUAUUUAAUCCGUUUUUUAAUUGUAAUAUAAAUUAUGGGUCAUAAAAAAUCCCGCAUAAUCCACCCAGGGAUGACGCACAUUCAAAUUUAGUUCUUGUUCAAGAUCAAAUUAUGUCGUACGCAUUUAUCAGUAUUACGCAUAAACAUAGAAAAAAAAAAAUAUCUUGAUUUUUUUUCCUUUCAACUUGAACAAGUUUGUGCUGUAUAAUGUUUGCAGUGGUCAUGUAUCUCCAUUUAUACCAUAACAACUCGUAUAAAAAAAUGAUAAAUAAUAUUCCUCUGAUGUGUCAGGGGUUCUACGUAAUCGCAGUGUCCUUGUUUUUCAGCAGAUGUAAUUUUUAAUGAAACAUCCAUUUUUUUUAGUUUUAUUUUAGUAUUUUUAAGGGUUUGUCACAAUAUUGUUUGUUGCGCACCAAAUAUUAGAAAAUAUUAUGAUGUUAAAUGGAAAUCAUUUUAUCGUCAAAUACAAAAGUAUUGUUGACAAAAUACAGAUUUUAACUUGAAAUUAAUGCUUUUGUAAAUCAAUGAUAUACUCGGCAUUUUAGAGAAAAUGAUAUUUAUAGUCAUGGUAAUAAUUUAUGCAUAACUUUAGGUUAAUAGUAAUAGAGAUUAAAAUGUUAUUGACUUUUUGUAAUAUUUCGCGGGACGAAAAUAUUUCGGCUAUUUCGAAACUAUGAUUAGGCUUCCAAAAAGAUUUAAAGAGUAAAUAAAAAUUAAAUUAAAAAUUUAAGAAACCGAGCAAGAAGCACACAUUUUGCAAACAUAGCUCUCUAAGAAAACUCUCGAUUGAGCUCUCUUUCAGAUAAAAACUACAUCAAAAUCCGUUCAGCCUUUCGGCUGCUAUGAUGCCACAGAUAGAUAUACAGACACGUUAAACUUAUCUUCACCACUUCCCAUUAAAGUAGAAGUCAAAGUUAAAGUAUCUAUUCAGAUGUAUAAAGCGCCAUCUCCCCUCCAUCUGUUUUCGGGGUAUAAAGAGAGUUGCAAAUCUAAGAUAUUAUAUUUUAAAUAUGACAAUGUUUUCUUGUUGAUAGUACAGUCAACUUUAAGACAAGUUACUCCCUGCGUUUAUGACGCGAUAAUGAGGGCAAAUUUGCAAUAAAUUUCGUGUGGGUUGAUUUGCUGUCGACUGUAGUACACAGGAUAAGAUCAAGAAACACUGUGGUCAUAAUCUUGUCUAAAAUCUUAUAUACAUUAUAAAACAGAAGUGUACAAUGGGAUUUUUUUAUUAUACUUAAAAUAGAAUAUUUUUUUUGCAGUCGUUAUUUGACCACGGUGCAACGAUCGGUACAAAAAUCGUCCCGCAUUUGGCCAUAAGCGCACCAAAUAAAUUGUUGAUAUGUAUACUGUAUAAAUUUGUUAAUUGUAAUUUUAGGAAUAGACUAUGUACCUAUGUACUCAUGUUGAAUAGACGUUUUGUAGUAGU